UUCAUAUUUACAAUGAUAAUGGGAAAAAAUAGUAGUAAAUAAGAAAUUGUUUUGUUUAUUUUUUUUUUUAUAAAAACGUAGCCUCUGGCAACAUUGCUUCGUCAAACUGUAGAGUGGUAGAGUGCAAUCAAGUAACCAACCAGCGAUUGAAAAUAUAUUGUUCAGGCAAGGCUGCAAGAAUCUACCAAUCAAAGUAACCACAGUGAGUUUGAAUUUAUUUGAAACUUCUAAUUCAGUGUUUUCAUUGGUCGAGGACACUGCAAAAUGCAUUAUUCGCGUCAUUCGCCAUUAACCGUUGAGUGGAAAGUGAAACCAAAACAGCGAUAGUGAAAGAAAAAUUUGUUUUAUUGUGUGAAACAGUUUGUUUGUGAUUGAAAAUAAAUAGAAUAUUUAAUAAGUGUGGAUUAAAUAUAUAGUUAUAAAUGUGAUGGCUCGUUUUCGAAAUUUAUGUUCUGAAUUUGAUGAGGCCGACAAUGAAGAACACGAUUUGGACUCCUCUUCUGGCUGUGAAUUAUCUUUUGAAAUGUCUCGCGAAAACAUUGCCCCCGUUAGCCCUAUUCAUCUUGGACCAAGACGUUUACAGUUUACAAAUGAAGAUGAAAAUUCAGCAGCACACUUGUCAUUUAGUCCUCCUUAUAAAAGAGUCCGAGCUCUUAGACUGUUUGAUAACCCAUUAACGCCGAAAACCAUUUUGGAGAAGUCUUCAGUAUGUGGAACACCAGCACCUCGUAACCGUUUAUUUUCUCAUUGUGAAAGGCCUCGAGGAGUUGCAAGUGCUUAUCCUAAUAAAUUAGAAAAACCAGCUGCAAAUGUUAAUCCUUUUACACCAGAUGGUAAGUGUUUGAUGAUGACAAAGAAACGUUCAAGAUCUAUUCGUUCUCUUAUAAGUUCACCUGAGGGGGUCCACCUUACAGUACCAAAAUUAGAAUUAAAUGAUUCAGAUGCAAGUGACAUUGAAAUUGAGCAACCCACUAAGCGUGUUGCAUUGCAGGAAAACAAUAUUUCUAGAUAUUACAAAGAAUUCAUAGAAUUAGAACUUAUAGGCAGUGGACAAUUUGGUUCAGUUUAUAAAUGCAUUAAUCGUUUGGACGGCUGUGUUUAUGCUAUUAAGAAGUCAACUUGUCCUGUUGCUGGGAGUGCCUUAGAAAAAAAUGCUUUAAAUGAAGUGUAUGCUCAUGCAGUGUUAGGAAAACAUCAACACGUAGUUCGUUACUAUUCAGCUUGGGCUGAAGAUAAUCACAUGAUAAUUCAAAAUGAAUAUUGCAACGGAGGUUCUUUGGCUGACAAAAUUUCACAAGAAGCUCUUAGUAUAUUAGAGUUGAGACGUCUUUUACUCCAUGUAGCUGAAGGUCUUCGUUACAUACAUUCUGAAGGCUUAGUGCACCUAGACAUCAAACCUGGAAAUAUUUUUAUAUCGAAAGAAAAGAAAAUACAAUAUACAAAUUAUGAUUCAGCAGAUGAUGGCUUCGAAGAUUUAGAAGAAAAUUCACAUGGAGAAGAGGAACAAUUAACUUAUAAGAUUGGUGAUCUAGGACAUGUUACCAGCCUAAGCAAUCCACAGGUUGAAGAGGGUGAUUGCCGUUACCUCCCUAAAGAAAUCCUCAAUGAAGACUAUACUCAGUUAACUAAGGCCGACAUUUUUGCCUUGGGUUUGACCGUGAUCGAAGCAGCUGGUUCAGGUCCUUUGCCAAAAAAUGGCGAGAAAUGGCACAAAAUCCGGAACGGCGAAAUACCUCCCCUGCCUCAACUGCUAAAUCGUGAUCUGCUCGAGUUAGUACGCUCAAUGAUCGAUCCUGAUCCCUCAGUUAGACCUUCGGCACUCCAAAUCCUUCAGCACCGUUCCUUGUGUCCCGUAGGUAACAAGUCACGUGCUCAACUCCAUCGAGAACUUAACGCCGAAAAAUUAAAGAACGAAAUUCUGUCGAAACAACUUGUCGAGGCAGCGAAAUGUAUAAAAUCUAUAGCACCUGCAGAGAAUAAGGUGGUGAAGUGCUCAACGAGAUUGUCUUCCAGGUUGAUCGGAAAGAAGGUUAACAGGAGCAUAAGCACGACCACGUUUUGAAAGACGCAAUGAAGACAGACGAAUGUGAAAAGUACGAGACGGAAGCUGUACUUGUUGCGAAGAAAACUGCCCAUAGAACUGGUGAAUCUUUUUUUUUUUAGUAAAUUAAUAUUCUUUUACAUUUAAAUCAUUUUUCAUUUUUAGACAAUAUCUAGUUUUCAUUUUAUUAUAUCGCUAUUUUAAAAUAGAUAUUUCGGGUCAUUUUAUCUCAUAUUUUUACUAAAGAACGGUAUAGUUUUCUUUGCAACAAGAAAAGGUCGGCGGGUGUUAGUUGUAUGCGUAGCUGUGUUAUAAAAAGGCUGUUAAUGAUUUUCUUUUUUCUCGAAAAAUGUUACUGACAAAGAUUUCACUUAGUCAUUUUUUGGUUUUCCUCUAAAUAUUUUCAUAGCGGUUAACAAAAAAUCGGACGUUGCUUUUUAGCACUCAUAAACAUUAUUUUUUCCAUAUUAUUUUAAAUAAUUUGAUAUCAUAUAAAAAAUAAAAUGAAUACAAGAAAAUGGUAAAUUAAUUUUUAGCUAGUAGUUUAACAAAAUAAUUAUUCAUGAAGUAGUUUUGCUAUUGAUGUUUGAAUUGUGGGCUUUAAAGCAAUGUUCAUUUUUAUUAAUAAAAAACAAGUUAAUAUAGUAGUGUUUAUGGUUCUGUAGGUAUUAAAAACGAGAAAGUGUAAAGUGUUUCAUGAGCCACACAUACGACAACCAACUUAAUAUGUUUUUUUUUCUCUCAUAUUUAGAUCCACUGUAAUGUUCCUAAAUCAUAUUAUUUUAUGUCACACAUUUUAAAUGAAUUAGUUAUUUGUUUAAUGUCAUGGUGCGUUUUUUUUUACACAUACUUAUAAUAUAAAAUAAUUAUUACUAAACCGUUUUUUUUAUUAUCUUUUAUUAUUAAUAUUAUUAUUGUACCUUUAUUAAACGAAUGGAUGUGGUAAUGUAGCAAUACCGAAUGUAAUUUAUGUAUGCCUCAAUAUUAGACCUGCACUUAUAUCGCUGUAUUUAAUUACCAAACGGAUUUCAUUGUUAUUUUUUGUGAUAACAUUUGUUACGAUUUAGCGUUAUAGUAGACUAACAUUUCUCGUUUUUCAUUUUUUUUUUGUUACAUUAAAAAAAAAUGUUAAAUGCGGGGACAGUGACGUAAGAAAAAGGAGGCAAGCAUUUGGUGAAUACAUUCCAGUUAUUAGUGCCUCUGUUAUCUAGAUAGUUCUUUCUGCUUGUAUCAUAGUAAAUAUUUUGAUUAUUAAGCUUUUAACAUUGUAAUACUGAAUUUUUGAAUGUUAUGAACUUUAUUUAUAAUAAAAACGACUAAAAAUA